AUGAACUUCCAGGCGGGCGGGGGGCAGAGCCCGCAGCAGCAGCCGAGCCUGGCGGCGCCGGGGGGCGGCGGCGGCGGCGGCGGCGGCGGCGCGGGGGGCGGCGGGCAGUUCGGCGGCGCGGGGCCCGGGGCCGGGGGCGGCGGCGGCGGCGGCCCGUCGCAGCAGCUGGCCGGCGGCGCCCCGCCGCAGUUCGCGCUCUCCAACUCGGCGGCCAUCCGCGCCGAGAUCCAGCGCUUCGAGUCCGUGCACCCCAACAUCUACGCCAUCUACGACCUGAUCGAGCGCAUCGAGGACUUGGCGCUGCAGAAUCAGAUCCGCGAGCACGUCAUCUCCAUCGAGGACUCCUUUGUGAACAGCCAGGAGUGGACGCUAAGCCGCUCAGUUCCCGAGCUCAAAGUGGGCAUUGUGGGGAACCUGUCUAGUGGGAAAUCUGCUCUGGUGCAUCGCUAUCUGACAGGGACCUAUGUCCAGGAAGAAUCCCCUGAAGGUGGCCGGUUUAAGAAGGAGAUCGUGGUGGAUGGCCAGAGCUACCUUCUGCUCAUUCGAGAUGAAGGAGGUCCCCCUGAGCUCCAGUUCGCCGCUUGGGUGGAUGCUGUAGUGUUUGUAUUCAGCCUGGAGGAUGAGAUUAGCUUCCAGACAGUGUACAAUUACUUCCUGCGGCUCUGCAGCUUCCGGAACGCCAGUGAGGUGCCCAUGGUGCUGGUGGGCACGCAGGACGCCAUCAGUGCUGCCAACCCCCGGGUCAUUGACGAUAGUAGAGCUCGCAAGCUGUCCACAGACCUUAAGCGAUGCACCUAUUACGAAACCUGUGCCACUUACGGACUCAACGUGGAGCGUGUCUUCCAGGAUGUGGCCCAGAAGGUAGUGGCCUUGCGGAAGAAGCAGCAGCUGGCCAUCGGGCCCUGCAAGUCACUGCCUAACUCCCCGAGUCACUCGGCUGUGUCUGCCGCCUCCAUCCCUGCCGUGCACAUAAACCAGGCCACUAAUGGCGGCAGCGGCAGCGGGUUCAGCGACUACUCAUCCUCGGUUCCAUCCACGCCAAGCAUUGGGCAGCGGGAGGUGCGCAUUGAGACCAUCGCAGCCUCCUCCACCCCCACCCCCAUCCGCAAGCAGUCCAAGAGGCGUUCCAACAUCUUCACGUCUCGCAAGGGGGCAGACCUGGAGCGGGAGAAGAAGGCAGCCGAGGGCAAGGUGGACAGCAUCGGCAGUGGUCGGGCCAUCCCCAUCAAGCAGGGCAUUCUGCUGAAGCGCAGCGGCAAAUCCUUGAACAAGGAGUGGAAGAAGAAAUACGUCACCCUGUGCGGCAAUGGGCUACUCACCUACCACCCCAGCCUGCACGAUUACAUGCAGAACAUCCAUGGCAAAGAGAUCGACCUUCUGCGGACCACUGUGAAGGUUCCUGGGAAGCGCCUCCCCCGGGCCACCCCCGCCACCGCCCCAGGCACCAGCCCUCGGGCCAAUGGACUGGCCCUGGAGCGAAGCACCACACAGCUAGGCACAGGCACAGGUACCCCCCACCCAGCCAGCAGCCCAGCUUGGGCUUGCCCACGCCCUGAGGGGCUGCACCAUCGCUCCUGCUCCGUGUCCAGCACUGAUCAGUGGAAUGAGGCUGGGACCGCCCCUCCUCCUUCCCACACUGCCACUCUCCCUUCCCCAGCCAAUGGCCCCGCUGAGGUGCUCAGUUCCAGCCCCACGCUGGAGCCCCCCCCAUCUCCCCACGCCAACCGGAAGAAGCACCGGCGGAAAAAGAGCACCGGGACCCCCCGACCAGAUGGCCCCGGCAGUGCUGCUGAAGAGGCAGAGGAGUCCUUUGAGUUCGUGGUGGUGUCCCUCACCGGACAGACGUGGCACUUCGAGGCGUCAACGGCAGAGGAGCGCGAGCUGUGGGUGCAGAGCGUGCAAGCACAGAUCCUUGCCAGCCUUCAGGGCUGCCGCAGUGCAAAGGACAAGACUCGCCUGGGGAACCAGAACUCGGCUCUGGCCGUGCAAGCCGUCCGCACUGUUCGCGGUAACAGCUUCUGCAUCGACUGUGAUGCCCCCAAUCCAGACUGGGCCAGCCUGAACCUGGGUGCUCUCAUGUGCAUUGAGUGUUCUGGGACCCACCGCCACCUGGGGGCCCACCUGUCCCGCGUCCGCUCCCUGGACCUGGAUGACUGGCCACCCGAGCUGCUAGCUGUCAUGACCGCCAUGGGCAAUGCCUUGGCCAAUAGCGUUUGGGAGGGGGCCCUGGAUGGCUAUGCCAAGCCAGGGCCUGAUGCCUGCAGGGAGGAGAAGGAGCGUUGGAUCCGUGCCAAGUACGAGCAGAAGCUCUUCCUGGCCCCACUGCCCAGCUCUGACGUGCCCCUGGGCCAGCAGCUGCUCCGGGCCGUAGUGGAGGACGACCUGCGACAGCUGGUCAUGCUACUGGCCCACGGCUCCAAGGAAGAAGUGAACGAGACUUACGGGGACGGGGACGGGCGCACAGCACUGCACCUAUCCAGUGCCAUGGCCAAUGUUGUCUUCACACAGCUGCUCAUUUGGUACGGGGUGGAUGUGAGGAGCCGGGAUGCCCGGGGCCUCACCCCGCUGGCCUACGCCCGCCGGGCUGGCAGCCAGGAAUGCGCUGACAUCUUGAUCCAGCACGGCUGCCCCGGAGAGGGUGGAGGUUUGACGCCCACCCCCAGCCGAGAGCCCAGUGACUCCAGUAGCUCUGCAGAGCUGCACCGCAGCCCCAGCCUCCUCUGAGCCUAGGACGGGGGCUCCAAGGCCCCCCGUGGCCCCAGAGAAGAGAGAGCAGAGUGAGAGCCCGCAGGAGGAAUCUGCAGAGACAAGGAGAGUAAGGUGUGCAGAGGUGCCAGCACUUGGCCCUAAGGUGCCAUUGAAAGGGGAGAGGACCCUUUAGAGGCACCUGUGAGGAGAGGGGAGCAGGAUCUCUUUCUCCUCCAGACUUCCCUCCCAGUGAUGGCCCCUCACGAACCUCAGUCCCCCGUGAGCACGGGGGUAAGGGGUAGGGGUGGCGGGGAGUCCCUGUAAAUGUGUACAUUGGAAUAUUUAUGUUUGUGUACAGACCGGUAUGUGUGUUUGAAGAGCCAAUAAAGCAGACUGUGUGUGGC